CAUUUAGGUAAACUACAAGUGUCAAGGUCGAUUCUAUGAGCUCAUGGAUGAAGCUCAAGCCUCCCCUAGCUCUGUUUCAAAGGAAUUCCAAGAGCAAAAGACUCUAACAGAAGAAUGGUUAAGACAGGCAACAAAGAGCAGGGCAAGCAAGGAAAGUAUUGUAAAGCUAGCUGAAGAAGUUCUAAGAGAAGUUCCUAUUACGAAAUCCGCAGUUUUUAAUUACUUUUCGGAAGUUUUCGAUGAAGCUGUAAAUGUUUAUUUCCAAAGUACCUUACAUGGGCCGGUACUAGCCGAAGAUCGUAAGGAUCUGGAUAAGACCAAGCAAGAUUUAUUCAAUGCAGUUGAAGUUAUUAGGAAUUUAUUUGGUGAUUUGAUUGAUCAAUCCCAGACAAAUGUUAGAGGUUGGGCGCCCAUAGUAGCAACAUGGUCAAUGGAUAUGCUGGGUCACAUCAGUAAAACCUUUUUUGAUAAAAUCAAUUUGGUCCAAACUGCAACUAACUUGAACGUUAUAACUCAAGCUUGGAUCAAUUGUUUGCCAUCAAAGCUUUUAGUAGAAAUUACUGCUAAAUCUUUCGGAUAUAUGUCACAAAUGUCAAGCAUUGACUGCGAACCAAGGUUAUGGGAAAAGGCAAAACAGUACACUCCAUAUUUUGAUUGGGUUGUAGCAUAUGUUGGAUCUUGCUUCCCACGUGCCAUAAUUGACUUUUUGCUAAAAACAACUUUGAAAGAAUUAACUACAAUGGGAUAUUUUCAAAUAUCAAAGGACAAGUCUCAACUACAAUCUAUAACUGGUAUUUUAACUCAAAUGUGUUGUCAGCAUAGAGAAGACGUUUGCCUCAGUCUAUUGCAUUUUGUUAGAUCUAGCAUAAAUGAGGAGAUAAGUGAGAAAUCAGUUUAUGUUGUUCCGUUUAUCUCCAAUAUUAUUUCAAUGUCCGAUCAGCUAUAUCACGCCUUUUCUCCUUAUUUGAUUGAUUUAGUUGAGACUGAGUUCAUGAAAAAAUUAGCUGAACAAUUGCCUGGGAAUAUACGAGAUUGGAAACAAUUAAACUCUGUUACAUUACAAAAUCUUUAUCGUCUCGAUAAUCCAUCAGCAGCACUUAAGAUAUUAAAAUUUAUGUUGGAUGGCUUAUCUGAUGCUUCGGGUACUCAAAUUCGUGAGCAAUGCUCAUUUUUAUUGGAACAAUCGUCAAAUAGUCUUCAAAGGGAGUUACAUGGUAGUAAGUUCACUUGGCCAAAGAAUGGUGGACCACCACAAGCUGUACCUUUCGAAAUACCUCUUUUGGAUGCCUUGAGAAAUCAUACGAAAACAGUGAUUCAGUGGCUUUUGGAAUCUCCUCCGGGACAAAAAAGAUCAAUUUUACAACGAAUAGCCACUUCGCUUGGAUUUUAUCAUGGUUGUGCCUUAGCUGCAGAUAUUCUAUCCCAUAUAAUUCUCGAAGGAAGCUCGGCAGAAAUGGUAGGCUUGGCUGUCUGCAUGCAUGAGGAGAUGGAACCACGAUUAAUCAAAGUUUUUCCGGAAACUAUUCAAAGAAUUGUUAGCUGGUUUAAAAUUCCGCAUGAUAAACAGAAAUUAAGACAAGGAUUGGAAAAUAUAUAUUCUCUGUGCAAAUGGGAAAGAAGUUUAAGAAAGAACAAAAUGUCAUUCCCUACAAGAACACAAGCUUUUGAGCUGUUGCAAAAUCAUUUAGUAACAUUUUCGAAUUUUUUAACUUAUGAUGAUGAAAAAAUUACCGAUACCGCAUUGCUUGUUCUCAUUCAAAUAGGUUUACCACGGAGAACAGCAAAUGCGGUAUUAAUGAGAUUAAUUAGAAGUACAGUAGCUUUUAUUUUUGAAAACCUGGGAAGGGAGGAAAGUUUGUCAAAAUCUGAAGUUCUUCUCAGUGUACGACAAUUAGUGACCAGCCUUUGCCAAAUUCCAACAGCCAAUAGAACAAUGAUAAGAGAGCUAUUGGAGGGAAUUUUUAAUGCUGAUUACGCUUGUGUUUUAGGAGGCAGCCCGCAAAAUGGAGAAGAGAAUAUAAAAAUUCCAGAGGAUGAUCUCAUGCCACAAGUAAAUGACUUGCAGGCACCUUUCCUUAGUUCGAAGCUACAUACCGGAGCUUCUUUUGGUGAGAGUUUGGGAGAAAAACCAAAUCAUAGUCGACUAGAUGAGGAAUUUCUUGCACACAAUCGUAUGACUUAUAUACAAAUAUUAUAUAAAGCGGCAAGUGUUCACGAGGAGGGUACUGGAGAAGGUAUUCCAAGCGAAACAGCACAUUUUAUGAGUUUACUACUUGUUGAACUGAUUUGUCCUGAUGUUAUGUACAAUGGUAUUCAAUGGCCUGAUGAGGACUAUAUGAAAAUAACAGUUGAAAGAGAUAUAGUUAUUACACAGAAAUUUAAAAAUUAUCCCGUUCUCUGGGAUGUAAUGGAUCUUAUGAGUACAGCCCCAGGAGCCAUGUGUUAUUGUUCUAGUAUUUUGCGAGCCCUCUUUGCUAUUCAACUAUCUUUUUGGAACGCAUGUCAAGAGAGAUCCCCAAAUAGGGAAAAAAGUGAAUUAAUUUGUAAAAUUCUCAGUCUAAUGACUAAGGGGAAUUUAAUUCCCGAAAUGCUCAGUAAUUCAUCAGACAUUGUUCAUUUAGUUGCACCUUUUGAAGUUUAUAGAUUAUUGCAAAACAUAUGGAAUUACGUCAAGGAAAAUCCACCAGUUCCUGAAAGAAAACGAUUAAAAGUUUGUGAUCCUAAAUACACUGAGAUAAUAAAAAGUGUGAUCCACGCUCAUAUUGGCUUAUUGGCUCCUCAUUACGCUAAAUUUUUGAUUCUAGAUUGA